AAACUUGAGGUGACGUACGAAGGAACGGACCAAGUACGUGAAGCCAAGAUUGACUUCCUCACCCAAGAAUAUGAGAUGUUCAGGAUGAAGGAGCACGAGAAGAUCGACGACAUGUUCGACCGAUUUUCCAAGAUAGUCAACGAUCUUCAUGCAUUGAAGAAGACUUACACCGACAGGGAUCUUGUACGAAAGAUCCUAUGGAGCUUGACAUCCGAAUGGCGAUCUAAGGCCGAUGCCAUCUAUGAGUCAAUCGGCACAUCAAAUGUCACCAUCGACGGUUUAAGAGGUAACUUAAAAACUUAUGAAUCUAAUAUACUUAACCCGUCUUUGAAUGACCAAAGGAAAGGCAUAGCAUUAAAAGCCUUCAAAGAACCAACGAUGAAUGACUCAAGCGACGAUGAUGAAGUCAAGCUUGUCAUGAAAAAGUUUUGCAAGCUUCUAAGGAAGAAAGAAAAGAUUGAGGAUGGCCCUGUGUGCUAUGGAUGUGGUGAAGCCGGGCACAUCAAGAACAAAUGCCCAAGAAGCGAAAGGAAUGCUCGUCACUUCAAAAAGCAAAGAGCAUAUGUUUCUUGGGGUGGCGACUCCGGCGACGAGUCAACCGACCAAGACGAGGAUGAAGCUGCCAACCUCUGUCUCAUGGCACACGAAGACCAAACCGACAAUGUACAAGAG